GUGGCAACAAGGCUGAGCGUCGUGCCAGUCGUUCUUGCAAUGCACGCAAGGAAAGACUCGAUGUCAAGCUUCCGAGAUGUGUAUGCAAUCAUCCAUCACGUGCAGGAGGAAAGCAUCAAGAAAGGUUCUGACAGCAUCGUGCAGCUCUUCGAGGUUCCAGAUGAAAAGGCCGACUCCGACAGGGGGCGCAAGAAGAAAAACAAAAGUGGUCAUCACUACUUCAACUACACUUUGCUAGACGACACCAGCGACGACUUUUUCUGGUCGAAGCUUCAAGGCUUCCUUCAAGUUGCCGGUCCCAGACUGGAGCUGCAGACAGUGAGCUUCGACUCCAUCGGACGCUUCGGGCUGUCGAACACAGGCAAGCCCGUCUGUGCAAGAUGUGGUCCUUGCUGGAUGGAGGCGAACGCUGGCGAAGCGGCCAAAAGCCUUCGCAUUCCGCAGUUCGUGUUCGCAGGUCGGCAUUCAUCGCCAAGCGAUCAAAGAGUACCUGCAGAGCAUCGGCUACUGAACGAGGUUCAGGACUCCACAGAAGCGGAGGGUGAUGCUUGGGGAGAAGAGGAGGCUGAAGACCAGCCGUGGGAAGAUGAGGAGCUUCAGGAAGACGAAAUGGAACUGGGUGAGGCGGUGGGUGAAGACGGCGAGCCGCCUCCUGAGGAGGAGGAGCUGCUUUUGGAGCCCUCGUUUGCACCCCCGGCGAGGACUUCCAACAUCCCUCCUGCUGUGCCGAGAAGGGCGUCCAACGGCCCAGUGGGAGCGUCGGCGAAGCGAAGGGCAACGAAUGCUGCCAAAGAAGGCUCCGUGGCAGCGAUCGCUUCGAUUCCCAAAGCCAAUCCAGCGGCCAAAGGCCGAG